GUGCGGCGGCGGCGGGCGCUUCUGCGGUGGCCGGGCUGCGACUAUGGCUUCCAGUGGGGUGACGGUGAGCGCCGCGGGCCCGGCGGGCGAGGCCCCCGAGGUCCCCGACAACGUGGGGGACUGGCUCCGCGGCGUCUACCGCUUUGCCACCGACAGGAACGACUUCCGCAGGAACUUGAUCCUCAAUUUGGGACUCUUUGCUGCCGGAGUUUGGUUGGCCAGGAACUUGAGUGACAUUGACCUGAUGGCGCCACAGCCAGGGGUGUAAUUGAAACCCUGGCUGGGCCGGGCAAUCUAGUUUUUGGAAUAUGUUUUCUGGAUAAAAGCACAUCACUGGAUACUCAGGCAGGUGGGAAGGUCAGUUAAGUUCAUCUAGUCCAACAAGGACCAGUGCUCUGAUUAGUUUUGUUUCUUCACUACUGAAUUGUGAGUGAAAUGCAUUUCUAAAUUUUCAUCAAAGAAAUAAUGGAAAGACAGAUUUUUUUCAGUCUCUAUCAGAAGCCUUUAUAAACGGUUUACUGAUAGUUAAAGGGGCAAAGAGGAUGGAAACCCAAAGUGAGUGGUCCGCUGAGGCGCCUGCUAACGUCUCUCAACUGCUGCCGUGCUGGUGGCAGUGUUCAGAGAACUUGGCGCAUGACUGCAAGUCCCAUCUGCGGCGUUGUGAGAGGGAGGAAAGCACCGCGGGCUGUGACAAUGGGGCAUGUACGUAUAGCGAGCUGCUCACACAGCCUACACUGGAGAGGUGUGCAGCUAGAGCGCCUUUCCCAGGACACGAGGGGCAGGCCAGAAGGAUUCAAAGAGGGCCUGGCCGUUUUUCCCAAUGCUGCUCACAUGUUUGGCAGGGAUCGCUGCUCAGCUUAGGAGGCUGCAAUGACUGCCACCCACAGCAGAGGGCGUGCCCGAGCUACGAUGAAGACAAUGUAGACUUCGGCUUUGUUUCCCUAAAAUUAAAUUCACAAAGAAAAAGAAAUGAAGACUCAACUGAGAUGGAUCGGUUGGAUGGGCUCUGUCUCCGUCUGACUGAAGGCAGCACAUGGCGAGGUGGAGGACUGGCAAAUCUAAGGCUCACAGACAGCAGCUCGAUGCAUUUCUUCCCCUCACCAGGCCUCUCUCACCUGCCAUUACUGUGUCUGGCUCGAGAGUGCCUGAGAAGCUGGCAAAUCAGGCAGCCAGAACAAUCCUUUCUUUAAAAAAUAAGCAAGAGCACUUCCUGUCUAACCUAUCACACCCAAGAAUGCUAUCACUUUGUUAACAUCCUUUGGUUUCUUACAAGUAACAAGCUUUGUGAGCCGUUGUUAAAAUAAAAAACAUACUGCCUCUAAUAAAACUAAUUUACUGAUCUCCAAA